AUGAGCAGCGGCGCCAACUGCACGGAUCAGCUAGGGCCCGAUUCUCUCACAUCCACAGGAAUUCCCUCCUUCCCCCAGGCCUGGGGGUUGUGGGCCCUCUUAGGGGCUGUGACGCUGCUGCUUCUCAUCUCGCUGGCUGCACACUUGCCCCGAUGCAGUAAUGGCUGGAGAAGGAGCCGUUCAGGAGGGGGACAGUCUGGAGGGUCUGUGGAAGAGGUCCCCCUGUAUGGGAACCUGCAUUAUCUGAAGACAGGACGACUGUCUCAAGAACCAGGGCCAGACCAGCAGGAUCCAACACUUGGAGGCCCCACCAGGGCUGCAGAGGAGGUGAUGUGCUAUACCAGCCUGCAGCUGCGGCCCCCUCAGGGCCGGAUCCCGAGCCCUGGAACCCCCAUCAAAUACUCAGAGGUGGUGCUGGACUCUGAGCCGAAGCCCCAGGCCUCGGGCCGGGAGCCGGAGCUCUACGCCUCCGUGUGUGCCCAGACCCGCAGAGCCCGGGCUUCCUUCCCGGACCAGGCCUACGCCAACAGCCAGACUGCACCCAGCUGAGACGGAGGGCCUGGCAUCGCCCCGCUUCCUCUGUUGCAGGGGUGACGGCUACCCUGUUCGGGGCAUGACUAUUUCCCAGCAAACCCCCAAAGACAGUCAGUCAUCGCCCGGUCACAGGAGGUGAUGUUCCCCAAGACUCCUAUCUGACCUGAGGAGAUAAGUCAGGGGGAAAGCAGGCCCCCGUUUCUUGAGGAUGGAGAAAGCAGAGGCAGUGGCCCCCUCCUCGCUUCCUCCUCCUUCCGGAGUCUUACCAGGUCCUCCCGCUAUUGCUCUCAUACACUGUACCGCUGACACCUCAGUGUCUCCUCAGACACAGGAAGUGGGCAGUGGGGGAGGGGGUAAGAGCCUAAGAGGACCUGGGUGGGUAUACCCCUGGGGAGGCCACGGGCUGGGGGGGGCGGGUAGGAGGGGAGGGGGAUCCUGGAACCGAGCAACCUGAAGAACCCAAGCCUGGCUCUGCUCUGAGAACCUGGCAGGAGAAUACCAGUCUCCAUCCUGCUGCCUCUGUUGUGCCCCCAAGUUUUUAAAUAAAAUUUCUCAAAAAGUGUUUAGAUUUCAUUACGGGGGCCACAGACCUGCAAUAGACCCCACAUGGUGGGAGUGUGAGCUUUGCUGUCUGCACAGAGCACUCCCAGGGAGCCUGGCUGCGGAGGAGGGUGCAAGAGGGGCAGCCUCAUCAACACGGCAGGGGUG